UCUCUUCCCGUCACUUCCCGCGGAGCCUCUCACCUGGGCACACUCCCGCCACUCCCUCCCACCACUCCUCCCGUCAACUCCACAGAUGGCAGACGAGGGGCAGGAAGGCAAGGGCUGAAGCAGACGGGUCAUGGACGGGAAUACAACAUGUGACCCAGGCAUCAACACAACACUCUGCCAAGAUGACACAGCGGCGGGCGAGAACGCGACAAGGACGGGCGUGUAUACGGGAGGCAGCGGCGGCGGGGGCGGCGUUGGGUCUGGCGGGGCCGGCGUGGGCGGCGGGGGGCGUACAGGGGAGGGACAGGACUGGCUGUUGGUGAGACAAGAGCUCCAAUGGGCUUUUCCUGUUCACAUCUAUCUGUUCGCCUGUCUGUUCUUCAUGCUGGCGUUCUACACGUUCUUCUCCAUCUUGAACUUGAGGUCACAGAUCUCUAACCGUCCAUUCAUGUCUACUAUCAACGUGUUUUUGUGUGUGCUGGGGGUCACGCGCGCCGCCUGCUUCCUCAUCGACCCCUACACCUCCGGCCAGGUGAUGCCUAGUUUCCUCGGCUCCUUGAUGUGGGAUGUGGGCUACCCCUGCAUCCUGUCAGCCUUCGGCCUCAUCCAGCUGGCCUUCUCUCAGCUCACACAGGUAAAGUUUCGGCCGGAGACGCUGCGGCGGAAAUCAGCGCUGAGUCUGGUGAUCACUACACACUUCGCCCUGGUGCUCGGCUCGGACAUUGUCACCGCCUUCGAGAGCCACUUGCAGAUGGUGAGGUGGGUGGUGCAGACAGUGUUCCUCAGCUGGGGCCUCGUGUUGUGUGUCACCUUCCUGUACGGCGGCGCCAGGAUACUUCGUCUGCUGAGGACCAUCCCGCACUCCGCCUUUCAGGGCAGCGAGACCACCGCCAACAACAGCAAGGGCAUCCUCCAGCUGGCCCUCCUCGCGCAGUGCAACAACAUCGCCUCCUCUGUGCUGACAGCGGCCGCCCCCUCGCUCCUGACGCCCAAGAUCAAGAUUACUGAUGAACACGACCACACCUUUUCCUACGUGUCUGACUCCCGCCACGCCUCUAGUGACUUGGGCAAAGAUUCAGCACCCCCAUCCCGCCGCACCUCCCUUCGCUCCUCCUCCAUUAGCGGGGAGUGCGGGGGCAGCACCUCCGUCCCCUCCACCUCAGGCCUUCGGAACCACGACACGGGCGCGUCUGACAUUGAGGAAGAAAAUGAGGACCAGGAUUCCUUGGUGUCGCCCACGCUGUCGAGGAAGAGCGUGGGCGGCGGGGAGCGGGCGUGCACCUCCCCCAAGCAGCCAUCGCCACCGCGCAGCCCCAAGUCGCGGAAGAAUAGCACGAAAGGCCGCUCCAACUCACGGGGCUGCGAGGGCGAGCGUUGCGGCGACAUCAUCAUCAAAGUGGAGGACGUGGAGGGCUGCGAGGAGCCGUGCAUCGCGGCCAGCGGCGGGGCGGGGCAGGCGUGCCCGGACGGGAAGCAUGGCUGCGGGGAGGAGCCGCAAAGGAGAGAGAGGUGCAGGCGCAGAUGCAGGGAACACAGAGACGCAAGGAGGCGGGAAGGGGGCGUGCACCGAGCGGCCUCCCUCAAGUCAGUGGAGUCACCAAUGCGCAGCGCGGCGUUAGAUGCGAGGCGUGGCGGGUCCUCCCGACGCAGCAGUGCCUCCGAGACCACUACUCAUACUAGUGAUUGUGAGUUGCCACGCAGCCCUGUGGACAGCGAGCGCCGUGCGGCGCUACUUGCUGCCGGAGAGGCGCCUCCUAAAAGAAAAAAAAGCCUCACGUGGUCUGAGGACACGCCCACGCCGGACGCCUCGGACAAGGAGAGCCGUGGAGUGCCGCCCGAGCUGGAGGAGACAGAGCCCCUGGCCCGGGACAGUCGCCGCCGCGCCAGCAGUUCCAGCCGCCGCAGCAGCCGCAGCAACAGCGAGAAGAAGAAGCUGCGGCACACGCGCUCUUGUGAGCUGGGAGACUCUGCGGCGCGGCGACGAGGCAGCGGCAUGUCCACCACCUCCAGCCGCGGUAGCGACCACGUGACGGGUUUCCCGGGGCCCGGCCUCAGUCAGGGCAGGGCGGGGCCCUCCUCACCCUCCAGCGUGCGGCGAGGCAGUAGGCGCAGCGUCAAGGACGAGGUGGAGGUGGAGACACUGCUAUCCCGCUCACCCAACGGCCGCCACGACGUGACGCUUUCCUCCAUUCUCAACCACAUCGCCUACGUGAACCAGGCGGCCGCCGCGCCGCGCCUGCCCGCCUCCUUCAAAGACUCCAGGAAGGCUCAGGUGCAACAGGUACUGCUGGUGACCUACGUGACAGCUGUAUUCGGCACCGUCCUGUCCCUGGCUCUGGUCUACGAUUUGUACCGCCACUUCAUCUCCCUGCCUAAGCUGCCUCGCCCAGCCUGGCUUUGGUUCUUUUACGAGUCAAGUUGUCGCUUUCUUGAAUUCCUAAUGGGAUGUGCAAUGGCUAAUAUCACUCGCCAGCCCGUGAACAGACAUCCUCAGUACCCGUACUCCCUCCGUAUCAAGCAGAGGAACUCCAUCUAUAUGUGAGGGUGUGCAAGUGUGUGGAGGCGACGACCGUUUCCUAGAGUUACCCAUGAAAGUGUCAGUGAACCGGGUUCGUUUUCUGUAUAUAGAAUGUUUGUGUACAGUCUUGUCUAGCGCUGGGAGGACUCCGGGAAGGCUUCUGACGGUGUUGAUGUUAAGAUGUGAGCCUGGCGGUACUGGAGAGAGAGAGAGAGAGAGAGAGAGAGAGAGAGAGAGAGAGAGAGAGGUGGCACGCGCGUACAGACACACACACACACACACACACACACACACACACACACCUAUGUACAUGCAAAGCACACAAAAUACGCGCAUAACACGGAGGUGAAUGUGAGAGAGGAAAAUAUAGAUAAGAAUGGUGAAUGAUGAUAUGAAGGAGGAGAAGAAGAAGAAGAAGAAGAAGAAGAAGAAGAAGAAGAAAACAACAAUAACAACAACAAGUACAACUAAACAAUCAGGAGGACUUUAAAACAUAAUUAAUAAACAACAGGUUAAUUUUCAAUGUGGAAAUCGAAGGAAAGAUGUGUUAAUACUUGAGUGAGUGCGUACAUGCGUGUGUGUGUGUCUCUCUCUCUCUCUCUCUCUCUCUCUCUCUCUCUCUCUCUCUCUCUCUCUCUCUCUCUCUCUCUUCUGGUGUUUUGAUGUUGACCUGCGAACCUCUUUCUUUCUUAGCUUCAGCUUAUCUAAAGGAUAUUUUCAAUCAGUUCAUUUUGUAUAAUACUUGACGAUAAUUUUACUUGUAUUCGGUGUGUGUGA